GGGGACACUGGCGUGGCCUUGCCAUCUGGGCGUGCGGUCUAUUGUUUCUCCUCAGGCCGCAAGGAGCCGCUCAGGUUGGAGCCACGGGCCGAAAUGAUCAGAUCUGAUGGAAAGACCCCUCAGGCAGCAGAGGAGAGGGCAGGGAGGACGGCUGAAGCAGACACCCUGAGCCCCAACCCAGACCAAGAAGGCUGAUGUCUUGCCUCUGGAAGGCUUUCAGGGUGGGGAGCUCACCCCCUCCCAAUACAGAUCGUUGCAUUGUCUGCCUUCAUCACGUUUUUUUAGACGUUCCUGGCGUGACGUGGUAUCCAGAUUUUUCAUCAUCCUGGCAUGUUCCCCCAAGACACUUCAAAAUGUGCCAAAAUCCUUCUCAAAAUGUGGUCUUCGGAACAGAACCCGGUACUACGCCAGUAUAAGAAAACGGGGAAAGACUCACCUCCUCUCUUCUGGAUAUGAUACCUCUGUUAAUACAGCCUCUUCGUGCUGCAGCCCUUACAUGUAUCCAUCCCACAGCACAGAGCCCGAGGCCCUAUAUGCAGCAGGGGCUCAGCCAGUGCCUGGUGACUCACUGAUGUGAUCUGAGGUCCCAGGACUCAGCCCCAGAGAUGGCGAGUGCCAGCCUCCUUCUGACCUGUCUCUAGGUUCCCUUUUCCGGAAAGGCCCAUUGCUAAAUUUCCAUUUGAACGCACUGGGACGUGCAUUUGGGUGAAUUUUCAGACCACCUUGGUGCCUGUGCCGACCCCAGGCCUUGGUGCGGUGGGCAAGGUGCAGGGGCGUGUCAGCCCGCAAGGCACAGUCUAGCCCGGGGGCAUAGGCCCGCCCUCCCCUGGCAGCUACCUCUCCAGGGCUGGGUGAGGGGGUGCCACAGCCUCACAGGGCCGACUUGGCAUUUUCUUGGGUGCCGUGGUUUGAAGGGUCCCGCCCAGCACACCUGUGGCCGGCCCGAUGCUUGCCCGGCGUCGGGGCUCCCAUCCCCUGCCACGGGGUGUAGGUGCCACCUGGGGGACUCAGGUUGGCCACGGGAAGGUGCCCAAUGGGGCCGUCAGUGCCAUCUGUGUGUGUUUUGGGUGGGGGGUGCCGAUGGCUGACCCCUGUGGGUGGACAGCUUCUGGGCAGAGCCCUGGGAAAGGUGGGGCGCUGCUGCCCUCCAGAGGCCAUCUUGGGUACUGCACCCACAGGCCCAGCCUCUAGGAAAGGGAGCUGGUGGUCCUUGGGCCUUGGUCCGGGGGGAGACGAGGGCCCGCGGGUGCCUGACCCCCACUCAGUGCUUUCCUGUAAAACGCAUCUUCAGAACCCUGCUUGGUCAUUGCAGGGUUAAUCCCCACCCCAGCCCUUCCUGCCCAGUACCUACUUGGCCCCACCAGCACCCCGAAUCUGGCUCAGUCCCCAAACUGGGAGGCUCUGGGGGGCAUCUCCUUGUCUCCAGCUGGCUCAGUGUGUGGUUGGGGCCAGGUGACCCGGAGCGAGUGGCCUGCCUUCCCCGGGCCCCUGCUGUCUCAGUCGCGAGCUGGGGGUUAAUGAUGAUGGUUCUCAGGCGGGGCCUGGGAGGGAGCGGCUCCGGGGUCAUAAGUGGGGGGAGAAGGACCCCAGGGCUGCCCGCAGGGGUGAGUCUCUUCAACUCUCUGCGCCCUGUGGCUGAGACCACGAGUGCCGGGGGCCAGGGGACACAGUGGCCGGGGACACAGUGGCCCUCCUUCCCCGCUUCGGGCCUCCGGGCUGGCCCUGCCCCUGGCUGACAGAUGAAGGCUGCUUCUCUCAUGAAACCCCACGAGUGCCCUCUGCAGGGCCCCCCAACGUCAAAAAUAAGGACCCCAGUGUUUGCUCCCCGAAGCUCGGGGCCUUUGCACAUGCCAUGGUUUCUGCCUGGGAUUCUCUUCCUCGGCAGUCUUCACGGAGCCGUCCCCCGAUCCUGCACACCUUUGCCUCAAGCACACCUUCUCAACCAGGCCUUUGCUCACCACCCCACAGAGGAAGGAAGGCACUCCUCACCAAACUCAUUACUCCUGGUUCCUUGAGAUGUAAGUAAGACAACGUCAGAGUAGAACCGGCCGGGCCCUAAACCCAGUGCUCAGUGUCCUCAUACAGAGGGGGACAUCUAGACACAGAAUAGAGAAGGCCAAGGGACGACAGAGGCGAGGGCUGGAGUGACAUGGUCACAGGCCGCGGGACACGAGGAUGGCCGGCAGCACCAGAGGCUGGAAGAGACGAGAAGGACUCUGCCCUGGAGCCCCCGGAGGGCAGGCGUUCAGACCUCCAGCCUCCAGACGUGACAGGACCCGCUUCUGUGGCUUAGAGCAGCCCAGGGAGCAGAUUCAGGCAGCUGUCUCCCUGUCUCCUCUGCCCUCCGGAGGCCACAGGCCGCCUCAGCUCCUACAGCCAGCGUCCCAGGCCUGGAGCUGCACAUCGGUGUGUGUGCCUUUGGAAGCCGGCGGGCAGCUGGGAAAGGCCUCGCUGAUCUCGGAGGACGCUGCGGCCCUGAGUGGGCCUGAGGACAGAGGCUCCUCUGUGCUGGAGACCAAACGUACUGACAACGGCCAGGUCGUACGUAAAGACAGGAGUCUGAGCUCUGACCCACAGUGUGAGAGAAAAACCCAGAAAGUCAAACAGGAACCCCUGGAACAAUGGGCCCAAAGGGGCCAGGACUCGAUCCAUCACCGGCGGCCUCCCUACGUUUUGUCCCCACCUCUGGCUCUGGAGCCAGAGGAAGCCGCAUGCGCCCCCAACCAGUCACAUGGGGUGCCUGCUUCUGGCCAGUGCCCCGACUCCCUGGUGCCAUCUGGGCUCAUCUGGAACUUUCCCUGUUUCCACCGGGAGGCUCCCUAG